GCUUCACAGCACUACAACAAUAAUCAUGUUCAAGACAACAUUGUUCACCGUUUUUUUGCUGACUUUGGCCAUGCAAUGUGUAAAUGGUAAGCCAGCAUGCGGUUGUGAGAACUCACGGAAACCACCGCCUUCGACUCUGCCGCCGUGUCAGCCGGCCACGCUCGAGCCUUGUGCCCAGCAGGAGGUCAGGACCAGCAGCGCAUGCGUCAUCACAACUGCUCCCAGAGUACCCUGCAUCGAGCAUGCGACACCCUCGACAACGACAACAACGACCACGAAACAGCCCCCGACCACAACCACCACCACUACGACAGUAGCGCCUAUUACCUCGACGGCCGCUCCCAAGACUGACUGCUCGAACGGUGACAUUUACCCCUAUAGUGUGGGCGGCUGCAACCAGUUCCUGAUGUGCCGCAACAGAGUGUACAUCCUGAUGGUUUGCCCGUCAGGACUCGGCUUCAACUUCCAGAGCAAGAGCUGCGAGCGCUCCGACAUCGUGCCCGCUUGCAAGCCACCGAAGUAUUUGGAUGGUGGCCUGAGAUAUCUUGCAAGAAAAUUAAAUAAGAAAAACCUUUCUCCAACGGAAUCAAUAUCGAGGAACCCUCCUGAACAUAUCAUCCAACCAACGGAACCAGAAAAUUUGAAACCUAUCCCAGUAUCAUAUGUUGAAUAUGCCCCGGCACCACAAAUGGUACCAUUUAAAUCACAAGAGCCACUUUUAAUGUUACCUACCACUGUAAUCGAAACUGAAACUUCUCCAGAGCCAGUAAUUACCCAAACUACAACAACGGAGCCAAUAGUUACUGAAUCUGUUACAGAAUCAUCUGUAAACAUGAUUAAUGUUAUGCCCAAAGAAUCUGCUGUAUCAACAUCUUUCCCGUCAUAUUUCUAUGAUGCAUUUCCGAUAAGUAAGGAAUUACCAGUCGCCGUAUCAAGAUCUAGACAAAGAUACCCUGAAGUAGUUUAUCAAUUUGCAGAGCCUUAUGUUACAUCUGUACCGAUACCAGAAAUACCAGAAAUAUCUUCUACAACUCAAGAAACAACUUCAACUAGUGCAAUUACUACUACGACUACCACAACUACUCAUCCUACUACGCAUGUUAGUACAACAGCUGUACCUAUAACAUCCACUUCAUCACCUAGUUGUGUAAACGCUGCACUGCAAGCGGGCACGUUGGCGGAGCGCUCGCAGCUCUUGCUCUGGAAGUUGAAGCCGAGUCCCGACGGGCAGACCAUCAGGAUGUACACUCUGUUGCGGCACAUCAGGAACUGGUUGCAGCCGCCUACCCUAAUGGGAUAA